AUGAGAAUGAGAAAUCUGGGUAACUAUUUCUUAUUCUUACUCACAACGUUGGAUACUGAAUAUCAAUCUAUUCCUCCCCCGCUCAGUAAGAAGUUCCUCUUUGUUGAAGGAAGACCAGUUGUAUUUUUGGACAUCGAUCGUCCUUUUUGUGGUAUUUAUAAGUUGAGUAUGAUCUACAAGAUUUCAACCGAUAAACAUGGUCCCUCAACGACAUUCAUAGUGAUGUGUCUUCUUCGCGACAAGUCUUCUCCUUUCAAUGGAGAAGUGAACAUAGAAUAUCACCCUGUCGCAGGUGAUCAUAUCUAUCUUCGCGUAUAAGGUGGGACUCCUGUGUCAAGAAAAAGUGACUUGUUUCUUCCGGUCCCAGACUGAAGCUGUAAAACCGCUCGUUAUAUGCACAAAUUUGCUUGGCGCGCUUAUUCUUCAUAGAAAAGAGAGCCUUAGACCGCCACAUCUCCGCAUCAAUUAGAAAAUAGAAGUAAGUUUUUUGUUGUUGUGUAUUUAAGAAGAGGUUGGAUCGACAGAGUAUAGUUUAUUUUAGUACAUUGAAUCCUUUGGCAAAGCGUAAUGGUAUGGUAUAAGUGUUACCAUCACCAUUACGCAUUUUAGUCUCAACAAAGACAACAUUUAUGAGAAAAGAAGAUGAACUUGGCGGAUCGUGAAUUUUUUAGCAAGACUUCUAGUUCAACUGUUGGUAGAAGAACAGAAGUGUUAAGAGUGAUUCCCGACGCAACAAGCUUGACAUGGUACUUCUUUCGAAUGAAUGUAAUUUUCCCUCCCUCACACAUGCCUAUCUACAUGUAAUCAUGAACAUCAUCAUAUGAAAAAUUGAAUAAAUCUUCCUCCCCCAGUGCCCCUCUUUCCGUUUUCCCUGCAAGGUCGCACCUUUUCCCUGUCAGGUCGCAAGAGAUCUAACCCAAGAAGAAGACGGCUCCAACUAU